AUGAAUAACAGUACAGAAGUGACACAGUUCAUCCUCCUAGGACUAACCAAUGACCCAGAACUGCAGGUCCCCCUCUUUAUAAUGUUCACUGUCAUCUAUCUCAUCACUCUGAUUGGGAAUUUGGGGAUUAUCAUGUUGAUUCUGUUGGACUCUCAUCUCCACACUCCCAUGUACUUUUUCCUCAGUAACCUGUCUCUGGUAGACUUGUGUUACUCUUCAGCUGUCACUCCCACAGUCAUGACUGGGUUUAUUACAGUAAACAAAGUCAUCUCCUACAAUGCAUGUGCUACUCAGAUGUUCUUUUUUGCAGCAUUCGCCACUGUAGAAAAUUAUCUCUUGGCCUCAAUGGUUUAUGACCGCUAUGCAGCAGUGUGCAAACCCCUACCUUAUAGCACCACCAUGACAACAGGUGUGUGUGCAUGCCUGGCCAUUGGCUCCUAUGUCUGUGGUUUCCUGAACGCCUCCAUACACAUAGGAGAUACAUUUAGUCUUUCUUUCUGUAUGUCCAACGUGUUCCAUCACUUUUUCUGUGAUGUUCCAGCAGUCAUGGUUCUUUCUUGCUCUGAUAGGCAUUUGAGUGAGCUGAUUCUUGUUUAUGUGGUGAGCUUCGAUAUCUUUUUUGCACUCCUGGUUAUCUUGAUAUCCUAUGUAUUCAUAUUCAUCACCGUCCUAAAGAUGCACUCAGCUGCAGGAUAUCAGAAAGCUAUAUCCACCUGUGCCUCCCACCUCACUGCAGUCUCCAUCUUCUAUGGAACUAUUAUCUUCAUGUACUUACAGCCCAGCUCUAGACAUUCGAUGGACACAGACAAAAUGGCAUCUGUGUUCUAUACUAUGCUCAUCCCCAUGCUCAACCCUGUGGUCUAUAGCCUGAGGAACAAAGAGGUGAAGAGUACAUUCAUGAAGGUCGUUUUAGAGGCAAAAUUAUCUUUAGGAUUGUGUGUUUAA